AUGAUUCCAUCAAGAGUUUUGUUAGCCCAAGCCAAGAAUGUUAAACCAAAGUUCACGUAUCCAGUAGAGAUGACUCCAUUGUUUGCUGCAGUUGGUAUUGCAGUCGUUUCCGCAACCUUUUUCACAUACAGACAUUUUGCCAAUGAUAAAGAAUUGAGAUUAUGGAAGAACGCUGACUUAUCAGAAUUGAACAAAGUUUUGGACAAAGCUGAAGACGAAAAGAAGUAG